GGACAAAGUGUUCCCAGGCAGAGGUGGGCAGGGAACACAACCCCUCUAGAAAUAGUUCAGACAGUCGUGAUCAAAAUCCUCUAGUGGUCUGGAGGCCUGUGUCAAAUGGGUUUCUCAAUCCGAUUCCCCACAGACAGAGAUCAACACUGUGUGCAUGCACGCCCCUUCACAACUGAUACGUAGCCUCUGCAGAGGGGACAAAGGCGUGAAGGGGCCCUGGACACUGUCCCACCCCAGAGGUGGAGUCCCAAGGCUGGGGUGAAGCACGCUGCCAGGAGGAGUGGGGUAAGCUUGCCCCGCCCAUGCUGUAACUGGCGUGGAUGGUCGGAGGAUUUCCGGGUUGCUCAGCUGGCUCUAAACUCCCUUAAGUGCUCAUGCAGCGAACAGCGCCUCCAUAGAGGUUCAGCUCUCACAUCCAGGCUGAGAGGAGACUGGACAGGGAGGCACCUGUGCAUGUCCCAGAGGUCAAAGGCUAGUUUCCACCUUUCAGCUAGGUGAGUCCCACCUUGUAUGCUUGGCAUAACCUGGUUCUGAUCAGUUGUACCAAGGAUGCCUUCGCAGCAAGAGCAUUCCAGGCACCAGGGCCUAGCUGGCACAUUGAAGAACCAAAUCUGUGCCAAAAGCUGCAGUGAAUUGGGAUGUCUCUAGCUCCUUUCCAUGGCACUACUCAGGUCAAGGAGCCUGGGGCUCCACAGGUGAAUAUAGGGGCAAUGCAGCUGUCCCUGGAAUGGACCAAUAGAACCUAAGGUCAGGAAAUGCCGUAGGGCCCAGUCUGAAACUUCACUGGUGCUCCUCUGUGGGAUUGUGGCCUCUGGGGUCUUUAAUUGCUGCAGCCACAGCAUAGGCUGCAGAAGGUAAUCGCUUUGCCAGAGGAUUAUCUACAGGGAAGAGAGAAUGGGGAUUAAAAGGAAGCCUCUUCCCCCCGUCCCCGUCCCCCCCCCCCGUCCUCCCCCAGCUACUGGACCUGUAAGGUGUCUCUGUCCUGAGCACAUGGAAGCGAAGUUCCCUUCCGCCAUGGGAAGGCUGGGUCAGGACAGAGCCAGACCCUGCUGGCAGCCAGCUCAGCCCGGCCAGAAUCCCCAGGGUGAGGGGGAGAUGGAAAAGCAAAUACUACCUGUCUUUUGAAAGCUGGAGUCCAAGGCCAGUGGGAGAAGGACUGGAAACUUCAGAACAACUAAGGAGGGCAGUGUGUGGAGAGGGCACUGGACUGGGCCUGUGAUGAGCACCAUGGAGCUGGGACUCCUCGUCUUAGUCACGCUGGCUGGGUUUGGCUCUGGUGAGGAGGAGGAAGGAAGCUUGGACACAUACUGGUCUGGCACGGCCCCCAUCUGCAUGGGGGGCUGCAAAGGGAGACACAAAGAGCUGAAGAGGAGCCAGUGUGGGAAUGGCAGCUGCUGCUGGCUGGGAUACAAAUCCUUCUGUCGAGUGAACUGCGGGCGGCCAGAGGCAGACUUCAAUUCCAUGGUCUACGGCAAUGACUGGUGGGUGGGCUCUGUGGUGCGCUACGGCUGCCGGCCCGGCUUCCUGCUGGUGGGGGACCCGGCCAGUGCUUGUCAGUCCGAUGGCCACUGGACACCUAAACCCACCUGCCUCCGGCUAUGCCUGCGGGGCCGGAUCGAGAUUAACGAGCGGGACAUCGACGGCAGCUGCUCCUCCACCUGCACGGACAAGGCUCACCUCGGGGCCUUCCUCAACCACGGCUGCAUCACGAUCUCCAACUGCGUCACCAAGCAGUGGGGCUGGACCCGCUGGUUCGCGCGCUGCGACUUCUGCGAGUGCGACUGCUACGUCCCCUGCUCUUCCUCCAGGUAGAGAUCUGGGGUGGAUGGAUUCGUGGGGAGCUGUUCAGCUGUGAAGGGGAGCUCCGUCCCAGGAGGGGCAGCAGCAAACCUGAUGCUCACUGCACAGUAGGCUACCAUACUGUGCCUCUCCCCGUCGGGCCAGACUCCUCCAUCCAUCUGUUCCCAUCGCGCCCUUGGCACGAUACUGGCAGUGUGCUCGUGGAAGUGCGUGGUUGUGUCUGUCUCCUGGGCUGGAACCGUUUGCCAGCCUGUCUUAUUGGGGUGCAGCAUCUGCAGAGGAAAGGACUGCCUCCCCCAUAACUUAACCCUUUGCACCCUGAUUUGUUCCAAACAAGCACGUAGGGGGAUGGGUAUACACAGUCAUCUUCCUGCUCUGCAGGGGGUUACGCUAUGGGAGCCAGGGACCAGAGUUCCUAAGAACAGGAAUGGAAGCCAAGGACUCCAGUCUUGCCCUCUUCUGAGACCGUGGGCAAAGGACAACACCGAUCUCUGCCUCAGUUUUCCCAUAUGCUUAAUGGGGAUGUGGGGGCAUGUGGGGAUUCGCUGUCCCUAACGCCCUUUGAAUGAGGAACGUCAUUAUCUCAGUGCUGCAGAUUGCUACAGCCUCCCCCGUUUCCUCUCACCAGAGCUGGAGUCUGCGUGGACAGGUUCCAUUGGCAGCAGGUGCAGUGAACCAAACCAGCUGGCCAAAAGGGACUGCCCCUCCCUCCCACCUGCAUGCCUGCCCUGGCGAGUGACAAUCCCUAUCAAGGCAGAGGGGCAUGAGCAGAGAGGAGCGGGGAGCAGAGGCCUUCAGCCUAAAGGAGCUUUAGUCAGGGGCAAACUGUGGAAAAGGUGAAUUGUUCUGCAAGUGCUACCUUUGGCAGGGGAAAUGCACCACCCAUAGCAAGAGAGGAGAGGGAGCAGCUGUUCUACGUGGGGGAGAGGGUUGCUCCUGCCCUACUGUGGGAUUAGGCACCAGUUUCCUCUUCUGACGUAGGGGGAUGGAAGGCAGUUGAAGGGAAUCCCCUUCCUUGCCUGCUUUUCUGUGAUGCCAUGCUACUCCCUGGCACCCAGCAGCCUCUGUCACAUUUUCUCCCUCACCUAGCAGUUGGGGAGGGUCUGUGGGACACACAGGCCUCAGCCAGUGGUGUUCUCCCUCCUGGCCACAUAGGGGGUAGGCAUGGGGAAGGUGAGGAUUAAACGCUGGGUAUGGUGAAUGCUGCUCCUGCCCUAGGGGCGUUGUCUCUGUCCCCUGGCUCCAAGCCUGUGACCAUCACUCCAAUAAAUCUGU